AUGGCCCAAACCCUCGAGCAGCGCCGGCGCAACGCCAAGUUCGCCAAAGACCAGGAGAAUAAGAUGGGCAAGUCGGAGGACCAGCUCAAGAAGCGCACCAAGGAGACUCCCAAGUCGCCCAUCUCCAUCUUCUGGCUCGCCGUGCUUGGAUUUGUCGUCUUUGGUGGACUCGUCUUUGAGCUCCUCUCGCGCUUCUUUGGCAUCUAG